GAUGCCAACAUUCAGAGGGGCGGUUGUCGGUGCAGACCCCACUGCCAUGGGGCCCAGAGGGCGAGCAAGGUGAAGGAAGGAAUCGGUUUCAGCCAUGGUGAAAGAAAGAUGUUCUAAAAUUGCCCGUCGCUCGCACACACUCUCUUGAUCUUCUGCGUCGUCGUCGAAGGGGGUGACAGGCUCUUCCUCGUCGUGGUGGAGUGGCUCUGUAUUUUAAUUCUUCCGCCCGCUGGAACUGACUGGCUCUGCGGCGGAGUUCUGCGAGGCUCAAAUUGUGUGUGCGCGCAAUGGGAAAUUUCGCGCUAAGAUAAGAUAAGGCGAACCCCCAACAGCAGCGAAAAAAAAAAGUUCGACUACAAGCUUCAACACAACAGCAAAGCUAUUUAUACGGAAGAACGGUUCUUGUUUAAAAUGGCUCCUCGUGGAAGAGGCGGUAAAUUCUCUAGAGGGCGAGGAAAGGGCUCUCGAGGACAUAGCAGAAGAGACGAUUUCACGAAAUCGCGAGUCGAAGAGAUCGACUCAGACGCUUCUUCAGGUGGAGAAGAUGGCUUUUCAGGUGGUCAGUUAGAGGAUGAUAUGGGCGAUGAGGUUCCCAUGGACGAGAGAUCAUCCGACAGCGAGGAAGAGGACCAAGAGACGGGACAGUCAUACAACGAAUUACUCCAACUACUUCAGGCCAAUACGGAUUCCAAGGGACCCGAUCGCAAGAAAAGGAAGAUUGAUCACAAGGAUUCUAGGAAGAAUAAAAAAUCUCGAAGCGACGUGGUUGAAGAGGUGAAGGAGGAUGAGGAAAUGCUCAAGGACGACGACUUGCAAGACCAGGAACCCACGGACGAUGAAGAGGAUGGAGAAAAUUCGGAGGAGGCUAUUGGCGAUGAGCAGGAAGGAAGUGACGAUGAGGAGGAUGUCAGCGAUCCUUUUGAAAGACAUUUUACAAUCCCUGACGAGGGCGAGCUAUCCAGAAAUAUCCAAGCCGCAGGACAAAACAAAUGGAGCUCUUCCAAGAAGGAGAUCUCCGAAAGACUGAGAUUGGUGCGCAGUGUACCGGAGAUUGGUGGGGGUGACGCACCCUUCCUGCCAGCCAUGAAGAAUAUAUCUAAUGCAAAGCUGAAAUCAAAACUGAAAACUGCCGCCACCGAGUUCAUUCCGAGUCUGAGUGAAGAUGCCCAUUUUCUCGCGCCCUAUAUCUUUGAUUACCAGGAUGUCUUGUACGGGUCCAGGACAACAUCAAACGCAGCCCACAUGCGGGACAUUCUGGCUGUCCAUGCCGUCAACCAUGUCUUGAAGACUCGAGACCGGGUGCUCAAGAACAAUGCUCGUCUUGCCAAAGAACAGGAUGCGGAUCUCGACCUUCGGGAUCAAGGGUUUACCCGACCCAAAGUGCUUUAUCUGCUGCCGACGCGCCAAGCCUGCGUCCGGGUAAUCGAUUCGAUUACCAAGUUCUACCAGGCUGAACAGCAGGAAAACCGAAAGCGGUUCAUGGACUCAUUUUCGGGUGCGGAUGACAAGAGCUGGGAGAACAGGACUGAAGAUUUCCAGGAGUUGUUUGGCGGAAACGACGACGAUAUGUUCCGACUGGGACUCAAGUUUACUCGAAAGACAGUCAAGUACUUUUCGAAAUUCUACAACUCAGAUAUGAUUUUUGCAAGUCCACUUGGGUUACGGACAAUCAUGGAUCAAGCAGAUGCAAAGAAGCGGGACCAUGACUUUCUGUCGUCGAUUGAAGUGGUGAUUGUGGACCAUGCAGAUGCGCUGCUUAUGCAGAACUGGGAUCAUGUCGAGCACAUCCUGCAGCAUCUCAACUUGCAGCCGAAAGAAGCGCAUGGGUGCGACUUUAGCCGCGUCCGGACGUGGUACUUGGAUAACAACGCACGACAUGUCCGACAACUGAUUACGCUGUCAUCUUACGUCGCACCAGAGAUCAACUCGAUCUUUUCAACGCACAUGCAGAACGUGGCUGGCAAGAUCAAGGCGACGCCAGUCUAUGCCGGUGCGAUUUCUGAGAUACCACUCCCAGUCUCGGUUAAGCAGACAUUCUCCCGAUUUGAUUGUCUCUCGCCGGCCAAGGACCCGGAUGCGCGAUUCAAGCACUUUACAACGACAGUACUAUCUUCACUGGUGCGAAACAUCACCUCUGGCCGGGGUAAGAGUGGUGGUGGUACUUUGGUCUUUAUUCCGUCGUAUCUGGACUUUGUACGAGUGCGCAACUACUUUGCGACAUCAGCUCAGACGACCAACAUUUCGUUCGGUGCCAUUUCCGAGUACACAGACACUCGCGAUGUGACAAGGGCGCGGACACAUUUCAUGAACGGACGACACUCGGUAUUGCUGUACUCGGAGCGAAUGCAUCACUUCCGACGGUACCAGCUGCGCGGGGUAAAGCAGGUGGUCAUGUAUGGCGUGCCCGAAAACCCUCGAUUCUAUGGCGAGGUUGUAGGGUUCUUGGGGCUAGACUCAGCAGGGGUUGUAGAUGCAGCCGAGGGAGGAGUGCGAGCGUUGUUCUCCAAAUGGGACGCAUUGAAGCUGGAGCGGAUUGUAGGCACGAAGCGGGUUGGAAACAUGUUGCGGGAAAAGGGCGGCGACACAUUUACAUUUGUAUAGUAUACGUACUAUUGUUGCAUAGUGUGUAUGUAUUUUAGCGAUGAUCACAGUUUGGACUGCGAAUCAUGCACGAUGAUGUGGUAUAGGGAUUGGUUGCAUAUGCAAUUGGAUCCAAAACAAGUUAUAUACGCGAUAUGUUUCCAUGUCAGAUCGCCAUCCAUCUAGGACUGGUCACGAACCCUCGAAUCGAGCUUGAUGAAAGUCAAACAUGCGCAGCUCUGAGAGUACAGGCAGCACAAUGGACCUCGUCAGCCCGUAGGAUUUCUCACCGA